UUUAUCCUCUCUGUUGUCUGGUUGUCAACUUGUCUCUUUAUCUUCCCAUGCAGGUCCCGAAUUGAUUGGGAAAAAAUAACGUUGUUAACAUGGAGACUGCAGUGUUCACCUGCUGGCUCCUUUUCCUGCUGUUCAACCCAGCUGUUCCCACAUGUUUACCCACUGACUUCACCCUGUACGUGGAGAGGCCAGAGUGUGACUUCUGUGUGGCGGUCAACACAACCAUCUGCAUGGGAUUUUGCUACUCAAGGGACAGCAACAUGAGGUAUAUACUCGGCCCACGCUUCCUCAUCCAGAGUGGCUGUACGUAUGACAAGGUGGAAUACCGCACAGCCAUACUGCCCGGCUGCCCCAUCGAUGCCAACCCCGUCUUCACCUACCCUGUUGCUCUCAGCUGCCACUGUGAUUCCUGCAGGACUGACAGCGAUGAGUGCGCACACAGGGCCAGCGUGGACAGACCCGGGUGUACUAAGCCAGUAAGACGUAUCUACCCAUAUCCUGACCAGAGCAACUACAUGAUCCCUUUCUGAUUCUUCUGUGGUUUUCAACUUGUCCUUAUUUUGUAAAAAUGACCAUGCUGAAACGACAUGAUUCAUGAAUGUUUAGAGAACUGACAAACGUCACCCGAUAGCUUGUGGUAGAUAUGGGGAUAUCUACACUGUGUGUACCUUUUGUACCAGCCUGUUUUAUUGUGUCUUUGUUGCCCAACGUGUCUGUGCUGCAGCUCUGCUUCUCAGUUUACAAUGGGGGGGUUUAUCCUGGUGCGUAUUUUUGUCUGCGUCAUUAUUUAUCCUCCUGUCCUCUCAUGUGAGUGUGACUCCCAGACAUAUUAUGUUCACUCUGAAAGGGAUACUCUGAAUGCAACUCUAUUAAAGCUGAAGCCUCUAAAUAGCUCUCUGACUAAGCUGUGACUUGACUUAAUCACAUCCUGUGCCGGACCAUACUGUAGCUUUCUGUUUACUACAUAACAAACACACAAGGCCAGUGACGCUCCACAAUGUCACCUCGGAUAUUUUUGCCUCGGCAGUCACUCUGGAAAGCACAUGAUUUCUGACACACCUCUUCUUAUUAAAUGGAUUAUCAGUGAGCAUGUUAAACCACAGAGAUUAGCCAAGAAGAGUCACCAAAGACCUAAAUUAUAGUGGGACUUUGUUAUCUGUUGAGUAAU